GAUUCGAAUGGGACUUUUCCGGAAAUAAUUCUGGUUUAAACGCGUCCACAACGAAAAGCACGCGCUGCUUGGCCUACCGCCUAUAAAGUAUUUGAAAAUGCAAAAUAUACUUUCUUGUGCCAUAUUGUGACUAAGUGAUGCUGUGUAUAUAAAUCUCAGUACAACUGCGUGACACCAGAAAAUUAUUAUGGUUACUGCGUGCUAUUACAAUAUUGUCCACAAAUAGCGAACGUUUUCAAUAUACGCAAUCGCAAUCAAGCCGAGCGCUAUAUUAUAGCUUCACAACGCUCGUGUGGAACACGAAAUGUCAAUGGUGAUCCAGUGGUUUGCUGUUCACGACCAGUAAAUCCAGCGCCACAGCCGCAGCCACAGCCUCGACCACAACCACAGCCUCAGAUACGACCGCAACYAUUACCACAGCCUAGACCGCAACCGCAACCGCAACCAUUACCACAACCAAGACCGCAACCGCAACCGCUACCACAACCUGAACCACAAAUACGCCCACAGCCUUCCACUGAAAGUCCAACGAAUCCCUUUCUGCCACAAACUACAUCUUCACCAAACAUAAUUCAACCGAGACCACCGCCAAACCAAGGUCAACAUUUUACCUCAACGGYGCGUCCCACAACAGCGCCCAUUCUAAGYCCCACGACUGCACCCGUAGAAAUCGGCGAACGUUUGACAGGCGACUCUUGUGUGGAUCCGAAGCUGAGACGCGGUGUUUGUGUUGCCAUUGCCAAGUGCAGCCAACUGGUUACAGAGCUUUACGCCAAGUCAAAUGAUCCCGAGUUUGCCGACUUCCUGCGUGCUUCGAAUCGCAAUUGUGGCGGCAUUGCGUCCGUGGCAUGUUGUCCUACCAGCGAUAAUGUUAUUAAGGAUCCGACAGUCAUAGUGGUCAACAGCGAUGACAUACCCACACGACCACCCACAUUGGAGGAGGGUUGCGGCUACACACACAACACCUACAAGAAAAUUGUUGGCGGUGAAGUGAGUAAGAAGGGAGCUUGGCCAUGGGCUGUGCUCUUGGCCUAUCCCGACGGUUCAGCGAGUUCGCCAUUCAAGUGUGGUGGCACCUUGGUGACGGCGCGACACAUCGUUACAGCGGCGCAUUGCAUACGUGAUGAUCUUGCCUAUGUGCGUUUGGGUGAACACGAUCUGAGUACCGACACGGAAACACGUCACGAAGAUGUCAACAUUGUGCGGAAAGAAGCCCAUCCACAGUACAACAGACGCAAUGGCAAGAACGAUGUGGCAGUACUGUGGCUAGAGCGYAACGUAAAAUUCAGAGAGACGAUUUCACCGAUUUGCCUGCCCACCGCAUURSCGAUACGCCAAAAGUCCUAUGUCUCUUACACGCCCUUCGUCGUGGGCUGGGGCAAAACUAUGGAGGGUGGCGUCUCGUCGAAUGUCUUGCAGGAAUUGCAAAUACCAAUCUUCAAGAAUGAUGUCUGUGAACGUAGUUACAAGAACAUCAAUCGUCUGGUGUCUGCUGACCARUUCGAUGAUGGUGUGCUGUGCGCAGGCGUGCUAUCAGGCGGUAAGGAUACGUGCCAAGGUGACUCGGGCGGUCCACUGAUGAUACCGGAGUCUUACAACAACAAUGUGCGCUAUUACCUGAUCGGUGUAGUCUCAUAUGGCGUGGGUUGCGCGCGUCCCGAAGUCCCAGGCGUUUACUCCAGUGUGCAGCACUAUGUCGACUGGAUUUUGGAGAAGAUAGCCGAUACACCUUCUCAGUACAACUGUGUGAGCCCAGAUAAUUAUUAUGGCCAGUGCGUUGCCUUCAAUUCUUGCCCACAGAUGGUGAAUGCUCAGAGAGCGCGUAAUCAGCAAUAUGUGGCAGCUGCACAACGAGCGUGUGAUGGCAAGUCAUUUUGUUGCGCGCAGCCACGUCCAGUGUCACAACGACUGACUAGCCCUUUCGCAGCUCAACCGCAACAAAGUCGACGUGUGCCUGCACCAAAUACGCUACAAGUACGGCGAGCUGUCGCAGCACAGCCUAAACAACAACCACAGCAACAACCGCAUCAACAGCGAAUAAUACGCCAGCAGCCAAUAAUUGAUUUUCGUAACAUUUUCGAUGGGAAUGAAUAUAGCCAAGCUCCUACAGCGUUUGUGGAUUUUAGAGCUGGACAAUUCUGUAAUACUCCCGACAAUGCAGAAGGAGCUUGUGUGGAAAUCAACGAUUGCCAAGUGUUGUUGGGUCAGUUGUAUCAACGUUAUACAGAUACUAACUUCGUACAAUAUUUACGCGCCUCGAAUAGAAAUUGUGGCGGUAGCUCGCAUAGCGUCUGCUGCCCUGGUGGCGCACAGCCUUCACGUCCGGCGCCCAGUCAAGUAAGCUCUGCAGGUACUUGUGGCGUGGUGUUGCGUACGUUUAAGAAGAUUGUUGGUGGUAAAGUGAGUGGCAAAAGUGAUUGGCCAUGGAUGGCUUUACUAGCAUAUCCGGAUGUGGAUCCCAGCUCGCCAUUCAAAUGCGGCGGGACUUUAGUGUCCUCUCGACAUGUUGUAACGGCGGCACAUUGUAUACGAAGCGAUUUAAGCUACGUUCGUCUUGGCGAAUACGAUCUAAGCACUGAUACAGAAACUCAGCAUCAGGAUAUAAGUGUACUGAAGCAAGAAAAACAUCCCAGUUAUAACACCGCUAAUGGACGUAAUGACAUCGGUAUAGUCUGGUUGCAACGUGCCGUACAAUUCACCAACAGCAUUAAACCCAUUUGCUUGCCCAGCUCACAGCAGUUGCGCAGCAAAUCCUAUUUAAAUUACACACCUUUCGUAGCAGGUUGGGGCAAAACCAUGGAAGGCGGUACCUCGGCGAAUGUCUUGCAGGAGUUGCAAAUACCAGUAUUAGAUAACAACGUUUGUCGUGAGAGUUAUCAGCGUGCGAAUCGUCUAAUCACAGCCGACCAAUUCGACACUGGCGUGAUAUGCGCUGGCGUGCUAUCCGGCGGCAAGGAUACCUGCCAAGGUGACUCGGGAGGACCCCUGAUGAUACCGGAGACCGUUGGUAGCAGCAUACAAUUCUAUCUGAUUGGCGUCGUCUCGUACGGUGUGGGCUGUGCGCGUCCACAAAUCCCCGGCGUUUAUACGAGUGUACAAUAUUUUGUGGAUUGGAUUUUUAGCGAAAAUUGCUACUUAGCGUUGUAAUUAGUAACUAAGUCAACACUUUUGAAUUGUAAUAAAAUAGUAUUUAUAUUAAAGAGCUGGAA